AUGAAGCAAUUCCGAGCCCGAAACUUCGUCAUGGCUGCUGAUCGCGUCCGGCCUGGAGGACGGACUACACGUGAUGUCGACGACGCGUCUGGCCGACGACGAGCGUCAGCGACGUUCCGCGACUUCCGGCAGGGGUCGCUGUCGGCCAUCAACUUCGCCAGCUGCCGAGCUCUGAGGUGUAGACGAGGAUCCGUGUGGAGUGAUGCGGAAAAAGGGGUUCCGCCGAGCGAUGGUCUGCGGAACCCGCGGCUCCCGGCGCUGCCUGUGAAAGUGAAGAAGAAGAAAAAAAGGAAGAAAAGGAAAGAGAUGUCAAUGUCGAUGUCGUCCAGCUUCGGGACCGAACAAGGGGUAUCGCUGCCGCAGCCCGAUGUUUUGCGAGCGUGUGAAGGAUUCGCGUGGAACGUCGGCUUUUAUCAUGUUCUCAUUUACGCGCCGGGCCGCGAUUCGCUUCGGUCAAUACUUCUCGCGACUACGGAUCAAGAAGCGCAUUACUUUCUCGAGAACGUUAUAGGAUGUGAUUUUUGUGAAGGAAACCAUCGUUGAUGCGGAAGGAGAUUUUGUGUAGCUCAGGUUGAUAGUGUGCUUUUGUUGAAGGACGUCGCCCUCGGAAUGUUUUUGAGUCUGUGAUGACAAGAUUUAAUCCGCUUUGCCCACCUACGACUCAAGCUUGAAAGUGCGCUUUCGAUCCACUGAAUUUGGUACAAUGAGCCUAUGCUAUUUCGGGGGUCUUGCGGAGGAUUUUUGUACUCGUCGAGGGCGAGGGGGUUUUAUGGGGGUGUUCUCGUCAGGGUUUUUUUUUUUGUGUUUUCCUUUUCUCCCGUCGGUGCAUUAUGCACCAGGGACCCGGGCCCGCAUCGGAGUCACUUUGAAUUUCAUGCGGUCAGGACUGCUGACGUUGGUGUGGGAAGCAGGUUUAUCACUCGCGUCGCGGAGGCAAGGUUGACAGGUGCAUAAAAGCGCGGAUGAAUAAAAGAUUCAACGGCCGGCGAACGUGAGGGCGGAUGAGCCUGCCGUUCCGACUCCGCCCGCGGAACCGACUUUAAUGGAGCGCCAAAAAAUUCGAGCGCGGACGAUUUUCGCGCGACGCGAUCGCCGAUCUCUGCUGUUUGACGCGUGUCCGGACUCGGAGCGAUCCCGAAUUAUCGCGCUCGCUUUUCUUUCGCGACAUAAAAUAGGUAUGUUUACUCUCAGUGGUCGAUUCCCUCGACGAAUAAAAAGUAUCAGGAAACUCUGUACUCAGUCCGAACUUCCGAGGAAUAAAAUGUGUGCAUUCUGUGGCAUAAUCGUCGCUGUUGAGAAAUUCAAGGUUAACUCUUUUUUAUUCCCAGAAGACGUCCUCGUUGUUCUUUACGUGCAGAACUCUUUUUUAUAAUUAAUUUCUUUGAGGAGCCCUUAACUCUGAUCUUCGCUGUUCGGUUCGUCUCCGUAAUUAGAGCGAUCCUGAAUCAUCGGGCUUUCUUUUCUCCCGAAAGUUUAUGGUUGACGUAAAAAAAAGCGAUGUUCCCCACUAAUUAUUAUAUUACAGAAACGGAUAAAUAAAGAGUUAAAUGAUCAAAAUCGAUGAGAAAUCGCAGGAAUAAAAACCUCUGCAAAAUACGGCGUAACCAUCCUAGUUCGAGGAGGUAUGAAUUCAUAAUCGGUUGGAGUUUUGUAGGAAGUGAACCAUUCCGUGGACUUAAGAUUUCCUUUUCGCGUUUUAAAGGUUUGUACAAGGGGGUUGCUUUGUUUAUGGUUCCUUCAGUACACAUGUUUUCAAUUUUUUUUCAAUUAAUGUUCUGUCUACCUAUGGUACCUUUGGUUGGGUGGCAAUCGCUGAUCUCUGCUGUCCAACACGUGUAAAGAAUCACCUUGAAAUACCACGCGUGCUUUUCUCUCAAAAGAAUAAAAUAUGUUGUCACUCUCAGAGAUCAAUUUCCUAGACAGAUUUAAAACGCGAGGAAAUCACCAGAUUCGGUGCGCAGUGUGGACGUCCCAG